AUGGCUGGACAAUCUGAGAAAAAAAGAUUAAAAAAAGCGAGCUCCUUCAUUGUUUAUGCUACCCCAUUUUUUACCAUUUUUUCGUUGAUUUAUAUUAUAUUCACACUUUAUUUCAGAUAUAAUACAAUUACAAGAAAUGUCUUUUUUUUACACGGAUUGCUAUUUUUUUGCUAUUACUACUCGAUAAAAAAUAUACACUAUGGUUUGACGAAUGGGCUAAAUUUUACGUACUACACAGAUGUGCUGAUUUUAUCCUUUGUCAUUAACUUAGGCUUGUUUUAUUCUUUUAAAUUUUUUUACAUAUAUAUAAUUAUACCCAUAUAUGCAGCAUUUAAAACACUUAAUUUUAUUUUCAAGUAUCUUCUGGGUUCACCGUUUGGAGGAGCAAAUCCUUCAGAAAAGGCAGAUAAAACAGAAAAGAAGAAAACUAAAGUUGUGUAUAAGAAGCUUUAUUAA